AUGACAUAUCUACAAUUUAUCACAUGACCUGUAUGAGGAAAUAUCGCAGCUGAAGAGGAGAAAGGUGGAUUGUCUUUGCUUUAUAUUUUGAUCAAUAUCCGCCAAAUCUUCGAAAAUGAGUGCGAGUUUGGACAUCAGACUGAAAAGAGCAAAUAAAGUAUAUCAUGAGGGGGAGGUCCUUGCCGGUGUUGUGGCGAUAGUUAGUAAGGAGGCGGUCCAGCACCAGGGCAUCACUCUCACCAUGGAGGGAAUUGUCAACCUACAGCUUAGCUCCAAGAGUGUGGGAGUCUUUGAGGCCUUCUACAACUCUGUUAAGCCCAUUCAACUUAUCACGAGCAACAUUGAAGUGGUAAAGCAAGGGAAGGUGCCUGGAGGCAAGACAGAGAUUCCAUUUGAGUUCCCCCUGCACACAAAGGGCAACAAAGUGCUGUAUGAGACCUACCAUGGUGUUUUCGUCAACAUUCAGUACACCCUCCGUUGUGACAUGAAGCGCUCCUUGUUGGCCAAAGACCUGAGCAAGACCUGUGAAUUCAUGGUGCACUGUCUGCCACAGAAAGCCAAGCUGCAACCCACCCCGGUAGACUUCACCAUCACGCCAGAGACCCUGCAGAAUGUCCGCGAGAGGAGUUUGCUGCCCAAGUUCCUAAUCCGGGGCCACCUGGAUGCCACCAACUGUGUGAUCACGAAGCCCCUGACUGGAGAACUGGUGGUGGAGAGCUCUGAUGUGGCCAUCAAGAGCAUCGAGCUACAGCUGGUCCGCGUAGAGACCUGUGGCUGUGCUGAGGGCUAUGCCAGAGAUGCCACAGAGAUCCAGAACAUCCAGAUAGCAGAGGGAGAUGUCUGCCACAGCCUCCCCAUCCCCAUCUACAUGGUCUUCCCCAGGCUCUUUACCUGCCCUACCCUUGAGACCAUCAACUUUAAAGUCGAGUUUGAGGUGAAUGUGGUGAUUGUCCUCCAUGAUGAACAUCUGAUCACUGAGAACUUUCCUCUGAAGCUGUGCCGCGCGUGAGAGCCCAGAGCUCCACUAAAAUGGAAGAUGGUCAGAGGAUAGUGCCGUUGACAUGCCUGGGCAAGAACGACCUGAAGUGACCAAGGACUCAAAGUCCAGAGAGAGCCAAGCCUACAAGUGCUGGCAGACAGCCAUAUCUGUUGGCUGGGCUUCCCUGCUCUGAAUGACUGUCUAUAAGUGCAUAAUGUUAUAUGGAUGUAUGUCUCCAGUUCAGGAAAAAAAAGACUGAAAAAGCAGAGGAUGUUCAAGAUUGUGGGCUACCAUUCAAUAUAAUAGUGCAAAUGUCAAGAUGGAUCAAGAAACAUAAUUGUGUAUCAAUUCAUGAUAUCGUUGAAGCCGCAUUGUUGCAUUUCAGAAGUCUUUUGGGGAGACAUUGCCCAUCAUUAGCAGUAAUAUGGUCAAUUUCUAACUGAAUGUUGGCACUGUCAAAAUGUAGCCCAAAUAACAUUCUAAAUGGAGGCAUUUCAAACUAACAAGGUAUUCAAAAUCAACCAUGUUAUUAAAUGCUAUUUAACAUUCCA